AUGAGCGAGGUAAAGGAGGCGAGCGGAGCGACUCCGCCACGCCCGCGGCAGAUUCCUGCUGCGCUGCGGCCAUUACAUUGGAUGGGUAUUCCCCAGGGCGUGCUCACAUGGCAACCCAAGUUGCCCUCGCGCAAUUGGACCAUCUUUUGGACGUGUCUCGGCUCAUUCACUUUUUUGUACUACUAUGAUAGGAAAGAGUGCCGCAGGAUUCGUGCAGAGUACGUUGAACGUGUACGUGGUCUAUCAGAGGAGGUGAUGCAGCCGUCCGAGCUACCGCGCAGGGUGCAAGUGUACACGGCCAAGUAUCCUGGCGACGACGACUACGAAGCCGGUGUCCAAUAUUUCAAGCGGUACGUCAAGCCUGUGCUUGUCGGAGCCGCUGUGGAUUAUGAGAUCGUGAGUGGUACGCGUCUCGGCGGCCUUGCGCGCGACUUGCGCGACAGGAUCCACUCGCGCCGACGAAACUUGGCCGGUGUGCAGCCGUGGGAUAACAAGUUGGGUGCGGCUGCUCUGCCGUUUUCGCUUACCCCCGCCCAGGCACUGCAGCGCGAGCUGGAUGGAGCAGUGGUGCUUAUUGGCCGCCCUGCGCUGAAAGAAUGGGCAUGGGCUCUGAAAGAAGGCUGGGGUACAUUUAUUCCCGCCGAGCCCAUUGACCGCGACCAGCAGCUGGCGGAGUUGUUGAGCGAGGACAAUGCAUUUGACGAGAUCUUCAAGGAGGAUGUGGACAACGCAGAUGCAGAAGUGCCGCUCGAAAAGCCCGCGGCGCCGUCGCAAGGCUUUAUGCUUCCCUCGAAAGUCGCGUUCCAAGGGGCCAAACGCAGUCUUCCCAUGGGCGUGCCGGAUGCUGCGACGAGCCAGAGCCCUGUCCCCGAAGGCACCACGCCAGCACCCGCGCCCGAACUCCCUCCGAUGCUUCCGAUGCCCGCCCAGCCCCCUAUCUGUUUUGUGGACUUUACUGACCUGGUCGGUUUCCGCAAUAUCCCAAGGACCAUGGUUAAUUUUUUCAAUAGGCGCAAAGAAGUGCGCAAUGGUGGCGAAGCCGGCCUGGCGAUUGUGCUCGGGAACAAGAACGAUGCGCGCGAGUUUGAUGUGCGACCGCGCGGUACCGUUCCUUCUGAACCAUUGCAAGGCGGCGAUUUGGACUGGGGCGUGGAGGAAGAAGCGUUUUACAGGCCCAAGUUUCACCGCACGUUGGAGAUCAUUGCGAAAGAGCGCGAGCGCUAUUACAAUGUCCUGCGCGAGGAGCUAUCUGCGAGUCGUGAACUGGCGCGGGGAGAACGCGAGCCUACACGGUCGGAAAAGUACGAGAGGCCGCGCGGCGAGGUGGAACUUCGGCAAGACCGAUUCCAACACGAGCGCGACUGGCGCAAUACGGAGAUGGGGUAUGAGAUUGCGAAGACGGGUGUCGGCGUUGCGUGGGAUGACCAGUGGCGUGGUAGCUUGCGUGUAUUGCGCCCGCGCGGCCCAGACGAGUCUGUGCCGCGCAAGAAAUACCCCGACGCACCGGCGGAAGAGCAGCGCUAA